AUGGCGGCAUUCAAAAACCUUGUCCGGUUUGCAACCGGUGAACAACAGUACUAUGGAGAACUCAUCAGGACCGAGAACAACCAGUUUACUGUGCAACAGUUCGACGGCAACCCCUUCGACGGACUGGUCUUGACAGACAAGGUCCACCAUGUUAGCAGUCUUCUAUCCCCAGUUGAAAAUACUCCCCUCAUCAUCUGUAUCGGGCUCAACUACAAGGAACAUGCCAAAGAAGCCAAUCUGACUGUCCCAACCUAUCCGCCUGUUUUCACCAAGCCUGCCGAUGCCCUCGCGGGUCCCUUCGAGUCCAUUCGUAUCCAUCCCGACGCUCAAUCACAUCUCGACUACGAAGGUGAACUGACCGUUGUCAUCGGGAAGGAUGCCAAAAACAUCUCGGCGGAGGACGCCUUAGACUACGUUCUCGGUUACACCGCCGGAAACGAUCUCUCUGCUCGCAACUUCCAGCUCCCAGAGGCGUCAGGGGGCCAGUUCUGUUAUGCCAAGUCCUUCGAUAAGUUCGCACCGAUCGGACAUGUUCUCGUCGCCGCCCAGGAAAUCAAAGAACCCCAGGGACUCAAUUUGGUCACGAGGGUGAACGGCGUGCCAAAGCAAACCACCAAUACCAGUGAUAUGAUCUGGGGGGUGAGAGAAAUUGUUAGUCAUUUAUCAAGGGGCACGACGCUGAGGAAGGGUACCGUUAUUAUGACGGGCACACCAUCGGGCGUAGGGUUCUUUCGGAAGGAGUUUUUGAAAGAUGGCGACGUGGUUGAAGUGGAACUCGGGGGUGUGGCGAAGGUGGAGAAUACGAUUAGCUAUGAGUAG